AUGAUAGGAACGAGGAUGAUGGACUCUGUGUUGGGGUCUUUGGAUAUCCAUGUUAACAGGCGAUAUCUCUGGUCUGACUCCUCCACCGUGCUUUGUUGGUUGCGAUCCGAUAGCCGCCGAUAUCAUCAGUUUGUGGCUGUCCGAGUGGGGGAGAUCCUCACGUUAACCAGUGCGGAUGAGUGGCACUAUGUGCCAUCGAAAAUAAAUAUCGCCGACGCAGCCACGAAAUGGAAAGAAGGCCCUAGCUUCGAUCCGAACGAUUCAUGGUUCACCGCACCGGAAUUUCUGCGCAAGUCCCGGGAUGAAUGGCCAAUGGAACCUGCGCAAAAUGGAUCAGAAACUGAAACUGAACUACGCUCUGUAUUCCUAUACCAUGGAACAGUGCCUCAACCGUUAUUGGAUUUUAACAGGUUCUCCAACUGGCUCCGCCUAGUGAGGACAGCGGCUUAUGUGCUGCGAGCAGUGCGCAGAUUCAGGGGCGAAAAGUUUCUCCGUCCUAAAGUCUUGACCAAAGAAGAACUUUUUGAGGCAGAGAACAUGAUAUGGCGUCAGGUACAGAACGAAGCGUAUCCGGACGAGUACACAAUCCUUCAGCGUAAUUUGACACAGCUCUCAAAUCCAGUUUCAAUCCCGAAGUCGAGUCCGCUGUAUCGGCUUUCAGCAUUCGUAGACGGAUUUUGCGUGAUUCGAAUAAAUAGUAAGCUGAGUGCAGAGCAAACCUUAUCGUAUGGAUUGAGGCAUCCGAUUCUACUUCCAAGACUGCAUCCGGCGGUUCACCUUCUGGCGGAAUAUUACCAUCGACGAUAUUUGCACGGUAACGCAGAAACGAUUUGUAACGAGAUGCGUCAAAAGUUCUUCAUACCAGGGUUGCGAAUCCUUAUCCGUCAAGUGUCAAAGCAGUGUUUAACUUGCCGUAUAAAGAAGUCAGUUCCCCAGCCUCCUAUGAUGGCUCCUCUACCCCAAGCUCGAACUCAAACUAUGGUAAGACCCUUCACUCACACGGGAGUGGACUACUUCGGACCGAUAAUGGUUAAGCAAGGGCGAAGCUUGGUGAAAAGGUGGGUGGCUCUGUUCACAUGCCUCACAGUGCGUGCCGUCCACCUGGAGAUAGUGCAUAGUCUAUCCACUCAAUCGUGCAUAAUGGCCAUAAGACGCUUCGUGGCUCGCCGAGGUGGUCCAGAAGCGUUCUAUAGCGACAAUGGCACAAACUUCAUAGGUGCGAGUAAUCUUCUGGCAAAGCAAAUUCAGGACAUUCAGGAAGACUGCGCGGUAACAUUUACCAACUCAAACACAAGUUGGAAUUUCAAUCCACCAGCGGCGUCCCAUAUGGGCGGUUCGGGGGAACGAAUGGUGCGUUCCAUUAAAACGGCUAUGCAGGCUAUUUCAGACCAUACCUAUCAUCCGAGCGACGAAAUUCUGGAAACGGUGGCCUUGGAGGCAGAAUCAAUAGUCAACUCUAGGCCGCUUACAUAUAUACCAUUGGAUUCAUCGGAAGAGGAGUCCCUCACUCCAAACCACUUUUUACUCUUUGUCAAGCCAUUGGAGCCAGGAGACAUUGUGCUGAUCGUUGACGAGGGGAAGCGAAAUGGCUGGAUACGAGGACGUGUAGCUGAAGUUACUAAAGCAGCCGAUGGACAAGUCCGGCGUGCAGUCGUACAGACGAAGAAUGGAUUGGUAGUGCGACCUGCGGUGAAACUGGCUCUCCUAGACCUUCGGACAUCCGGACGGUCCGGAACUACACGGGAGGGGGGAUGUUGCGGAACCACUGAGCACAACGGAGUGUGUUCGGUACCGCCCGUAGAUGUCGGGACAGAUCAUAUGACAAACAGCAUGACGUUACAGUGA